UACUCACCUAAUUUCAACUAAUCAUCUGAUUGUAAUUAGGGUUUAUAAAUCAUCACUUGAGUUGAUAAUAAUAUUCAAACAAACUAGCAAUGGCUGCAGCCAAGGCCAAGGAACUCGUUUCAUCCAACUCUGUCGUCGUCUUCAGCAAAUCUUAUUGUCCGUACUGUGUGAGUGUUAAGAAGUUGUUUACUGAGCUUGGAUCUUCGUUCAAAACCAUCGAGCUUGACCUAGAAAGUGAUGGAAGUGAGAUGCAAUCAGCAUUGCACGAGUGGACUGGCCAACGAUCUGUACCAAAUGUGUUUAUUGGCGGCAAGCACAUUGGCGGCUGUGACAGUACUGUUGCCAUGCACAAAGCAGGAAAGCUUGUUUCCCUGCUGACAGAAGCUAAAGCAAUUGCUACCAAAGCUUCCUAAACAACUAUUCUCAUGAUAUCUUUAUAAACAGAGUUGUGAACUUUCUUGUGUCCCAAAUUUAUGGGAAUGUUGCAUUCGAAUGUUUGGUAUUUUUUUCAGGAUACAUGUUUGUUAUCUUUUGCUAUAAAUGAUGCUUGAAACCA